AUGGCGGGCAUACUCUGCAGUUCUUCUUUAGGAAAAUUCAUUCAUUGGCUUUCUGGUGGCCAGUUGUUGAAAUUCCCAGAGGAGAAGCCUGGCUUUUGUUUGUCUCCACCGUAUUCAACAGCCGCCAGGUCAGAACAUCCCUCCAAAUGGCUCGUUCCGGACAUUACUACUGAUGGUACGAUACUUGUGGGUUGGUAUUCUGAUGACGACCCGGGAAAUCCAUACAAUUGGCCUCGCUGGGCCAAGAUAAUGGUGUAUAUUCAGAUCAACUUUUACACUUUCGUCGUCUACAUGUCGUCCGCGGCAUUUACCCCGGCAGAAGUGGAAUUCCAGGCCACGUAUGGUGUGCCCUCAUCGGUGGGCUCACUUGGAAUGGCCCUGGUUCUUCUCGGUUAUGGGAUAGGACCCUUGCUCUUUGGCCCCUUAUCAGACAAACCGUCGAUAGGCCGCAACCCACCCUACGUGGUUUCGUUUACAGUGUUUUUGAUAGUCAGUGUACUCGCGGCUGUUGUCAACAACGUCCCUGGUUUUCUCUUUCUACGCUUUGCCCAAGGCUUCUUCGGGUCGCCGUGUCUGGCAACGGGCCCGGCGUCCUUCGCAGACAUCACAAGUCUUAUUAACCUACCUAGCGGUUUAUGGAUCUGGGGUGUAUGUGCAGUGUCUGCUCCUACCGUUGCUCCAACGUUGGCAAGUUUAUGUGUCACGUCAAAAGGGUGGCAGUGGAGCAUGUGGUUAAUCGUUUGGUUUGCCGCACCAUGCUUCUUGCUUCUGAUAUUCCUGCCAGAGACAUCAAGCCCAGCCAUUUUAUAUCAACGCGCCAGGCGGCUACAGGCUUUGACUGGCAAUGAUGCGUUCAAAUCCAGUUCCGAGAUCAACCAUGCGGAGCUGUCCCAAGAGACGUGGUAUGACUUUCUCAUCAUUCCAUGGAAAAUAAACGCCUUCGAUCCAGCGAUCUUGUUUACUACACUCUACACCGCAUUGGUGUAUGCCAUCUUCUAUUCCUUCUUCGAAGCGGUGCCCCUGGUAUACCAAGGUGUAUACGCGAUGAGCUUAUUACAAACCGGAGCAAUAUUUCUCACUGCUAUAGUAGCCGUGUUGAUUACCACACCAUUCUACUUAGCAAUUACUUAUGUUACCAUCAGCCGACCAUUCCAGGCCGGGAAAAUGCCUUCACCCGAACAGAGACUCAUACCGGGGCUUCUUGGCUCACUAGUUGUCCCAGCGGGAAUGUUUCUAUUUGCAUGGACUUCAAGCCCAGAGUUCCACUGGAUUGUACCCACCAUAGGCUUCCUGCUUUUCAUGGUAGGCAUGCCCACUCUUCUCCAGUCGAUGUUCGCCUACAUGUCAGUCUCGUAUGGAAGAUACGCCGGGAGUCUCUUCGCCAUGAACGACUUUGCGCGCUCUGUUCUCGCCUUUGCGUCCAUUCUUUGGUCGACCCCGCUCUACGUGAACCUUGGUAUUGGGAAAGGUGCGAGUCUGAUCGGGGCGCUGACGGUGGUAUGUGUUUUUGGGAUCUUUGCUUUAUUUUGGUUUGGGGCUACACUGAGGAAGCGAAGCCGUUUCGCGGAAUAUGAGACGGACAGAGAGUUGUAACUUU